AUGGCAUCAAUGUGCCUAAUUUACUUGUCAUUGCUCUUCUCUCUUUUGCUUUGUUCAAUUGAAGGAAGAAACAAUAUUCCCUUGACUGUGGAAGAAGAUCUGGAGUUAGAGAAUGAGCUCCAAAGCCUCAACAAACCCCCGGUCAAAGUCCUAAAGUCUUUCACUGGGGAUCUUUUUGACUGCAUCCAAAUGUACAAACAACCUGCAUUCGAUCAUCCUGCUCUGAAAAAUCAUAAGCUACAGAUUCGACCAAGUUUUCAAACGAAGAACGAUGUGAAUAUGGAUGAAAAAUUUAAACCAGUUUUAGAUCCAGGCUUCAACGAUACUUGUCCUCUAGGAACUGUUCUCAUUCGUCGAACUCGAAAAGAAGAUCUAAUCAUAGCUAAAGAACUACCCAAAUACUUCAGGAACUAUGGCUCUAGAUAUCAUGUUCUUGAUUCUUCCGAACAGAAUUAUUAUGCGAUUGCUGAGAGCCAAAACGGUCGUUACCAUGGCUUUGAAUCAAAGAUCACUACGUGGGCACUUCCAAAUGUGGGGCCAAAUCAAGUCUCUCAAAAUCAAGUAUGGAUGAUGGGAGACGUCGAUGGUGAUUAUGACGACCUGAAUGUUAUUCAAACCGGAUGGCACGUUUAUCCCCAGCUAUAUAAGGAUACUUCUAGUCGUUUUUUCACUUUUUUCACAACCGACGGUUACCAGACGGGCUGCAUGAACUUAAAUUGCAAAGGGUUCGUACAAGUCUCAGCAACCCAUGCACCUGGAUUUGCCUUCAAAGGUGACAACCUUUCUACGUACGGAGGCUUACAAGCAUACUUUGACUUUCGAAUACAAAAGGAUCCUCAAAGUGGUAACUGGUGGUUGGCAAUGGACCGUGCCAAUCUUGGAUAUUGGCCAAAGGAGCUUUUCCCUAAUCUAGACGUGUCGAAAUUGAUACAAUUUGGAGGUCAAGUGCGUACACCCAACGAUGUGCCGUCUCCUCCCAUGGGGAAUGGUCAUUUUCCCCAAGAAGGGUAUGAUAAAGCCAGCUUUUUUUUGUUUUCACGGUUCAUAGGGGAAGACAACCAAGCUUACACUCCGGGCGAGGGCAGUGCGUCUCUGAAAACGAAUGCAGAUGCCAAAUAUUAUCAAAUCGCAGGAGAUCCUCCAUCCAGAGGUGACUGGGAUGUUGCUUAUGGUGGACCGGGUGGGUUGGUUGCUGGCCACUCCUCGUCAGAUGCCUCGGCCCAACUUCCAAGUUCCCCUUCCCCUCUUGACGAGCCUAUCCUCGCCGAGACUCCGAAGUUCCUUCUCCUCACCAGUCACCGUGACUCUUCGCCCGUCCUCGCCGAGACUCCGAAGUUCCCUCUCCUCACCGUGGCUUUUCCUCGCCACGACGCUUAA